AUGCCGGUGGCGAGGCCAGAGCCGCAGGAGCCCCGGGUGAUCGCCCAUGUCGACAUGGACUGCUUCUACGUUCAAGUCGAGCAGCGGAGAAACCUGGUGCUUAGGGGCCAGCCGACCGCAGUGGUGCAGUACAACGACUGGAAAGGCGGCGGCUUGAUUGCCGUUAGCUACGAGGCUCGUGGGUUUGGUGUGAAGAGGUCCAUGCGCGGAGAUGAGGCCAAGAGGGUCUGUCCUGGUAUUAAUCUGGUUCAGGUCCCGGUGGCGCGAGGCAAGGCCGACCUUAAUCUUUACAGAAGUGCUGGUUCUGAGGUUGUUGCAAUCCUUGCAAGCAAAGGGAAGUGCGAGCGGGCAUCCAUUGACGAAGUUUAUCUUGACCUUACUGAUGCAGCAAAGGAAAUGCUCUUACAAGCUCCCCCAGAUUCACCAGAGGAGAUUUUUAUGGAGGCGGCAAAGUCAAAUAUCUUGGGCCUUCUGUCUGAUGCCGGAGAGAAGGAAAAGAACGUGAGGGCAUGGCUUUGUAGAUCAGACGCUGAUUACCAGGACAAGUUACUGGCAUGUGGAGCUAUAAUUGUUGCACAGUUACGAGUCAGAGUUCUGGAGGAAACCCAAUUCACAUGCUCUGCUGGGAUUGCUCACAAUAAGAUGUUAGCUAAACUUGUCAGUGGAAUGCACAAGCCUGCUCAACAAACAGUUGUCCCUUCUUCAUCAGUUCAAGACUUUCUAGCAUCACUACCUGUGAAGAAGAUGAAACAGCUUGGUGGUAAGCUUGGAAGUUCCUUGCAGGAUGAUCUUGGGGUUGAGACCAUUGGUGAUCUCCUAAGUUUUACAGAGGAUAAGUUACAAGAGCAGUAUGGAGUAAAUACAAGAACAUGGUUAUGGAAGACUGCUAGGGGCAUUAGUGGGGAAGAAGUUGAGGAUCGUCUUUUACCCAAGAGUCAUGGGUGUGGAAAGACAUUUCCUGGCCCAAGAGCACUGAAGAACAGCGCUUCUGUCAAAGGCUGGCUGGAUCAACUCUGUGAAGAAUUAAGUGAACGGAUCCAAUCUGACCUGAACCAGAACAAGAGAAUUGCUCAAACACUAACUCUUCAUGCCAGAGCAUCUAAGGAAAAUGAACGUGAUUCAACGAAGAAAUUUCCUUCCAAAUCCUGUCCUUUGCGCUAUGGGACUGGAAAAAUUCAGGAGGAUGCAAUGAAGCUAUUUGAAUCUGGUCUUCACGAGUUUUUAGAAUCUCAGAACACUGGAUGGAGCAUAACAUCUCUUUCUGUUACUGCAAGCAAAAUAUUUGAUAUACCUAGUGGAACAAGCUCAAUCUUGAGAUACAUUAAAGGUCCUAGUUCUGCUGCACCUCCGGCUAUACCUGAUUCUUUGUCUGUACCUGAGGAUCCAUCUCUUGACAACGAUGUAUUUGUGAAGCCAAUUCAUGAAGAACAAUGCCAGCCAUCUAUGUCUGAGAAAGAAGAUAAUAAUGCACAUUCUGCGUCUGCGAUUUCAGCUAAACAACGCCAAGCAAAUGAAGAAAAAAGAAUAUCAAAGAAGUUGCCUGAAGUUAAGGGAACUUCCUCGAUAUUGAAGUUUCUUUCAUGGGGUCAAUCUACCUUCCAUGAGAAAAGAAAAUCUGACGGACUAAUUUGCAGCCAUCAAGGUCCAGGGAGUUAUUCGGAAGCAAACAAAGCUGAAGAACACAAUGUGCCUGCGGAGGCUGGGGAUAGGAACAACACCAGCAGUUGUGCUGAACCCUCUGGCAGCAACACAUGGAUGUUCAACAUUCAAGACAUUGAUCCAGCGGUGGUGGAGGAACUGCCACCAGAGAUCCAAAGAGAAAUACAGGGGUGGGUCCGUCCAUCGAAGCACCCGAGCACGAAGAGACGUGGUUCUACAAUUUCUUCGUACUUCCCACCCACGAGGUCUUAG